CUGAUUUCCUUGAACUGUAACUCAGUAAAGUCUUUGAAAUUGUUGCGUUUAUAUUUUUGUCCAGUAGACAUCUGGUUUAAUUAACUAACCUCUUCUUUAUUUUACCACUUUCACUAAACGCCACAAGAGGUCGAAUUAGCUUGGUUGCUAUGCUACCUCCAGUGUCUAGUCGGUAGUCGAGACAACCCUACUACUUUUUUAGUCGUCUGGCAUUUCUUCAGAGGCGGCGCAUGAUGGGUUGUAUGCAAAACAUGAUGGAAAACAAAUCAUACCAUUGGAAAUGUAUAUGUAAACAACGGAGAGAGGGUAGCUUGUCGGUAUAGAGUCUGGCUUGACAUAAUUGUGCACAUUCUAAAACGAUGCAUUCUCUGUCAAUGGGGCAGGGCUGUAGCAGCUCAGGUGCCCCCUCUGGCUCGGUGGUUCAGGUGUGCUUCCCCAGCUCCCAGGCGUCUGUACUGGACAGCCUGAAUCGGCAGCGCGAGGAGGGCCAGCUCUGUGACCUCUCCAUCCAGGUCCAGGGGAAGGUGUUCAAGGCCCACCGCUGCGUGCUAGCUGCAUCCUCACCCUACUUUCACGACCAGGUGCUCUUGAAGAACAUGUCCACUGUCUCCAUCCCUGCCGUCAUGGACCCGCUGGCAUUCGAGAGCGUCCUGAGCUGCGCCUACACGGGCCAGCUGCGCAUGCUCCGCGAAGACAUCGUCAACUACCUCACCGUGGGCAGCGUGCUGCAGAUGUGGCACAUCGUGGACAAGUGCACAGAGCUCCUCAAAGAGGGGCGYGUGGUGGGUAGCGCAUCCCAGGGGGUCAUUGGGGGAGUGCAGGGGAACCCUGGAUGCAGUAGCAGUGAAAGCUCCCUAGGGGCUGGGAGUGCCCAAGCAGGUGGAAGCAACACCCAGGCAGCCCCUCACCCUCCCAGCCGUCCGUCCCUGAGUGAGAGCCAGUCUCCCAGCAGCACCAACUACUUCAGCCCCAGAGAUGUCAACUUCGGAGGGGGAGCAGCGGUAGCUGGAGCUGCAGGGCAGGAAGGCGUGAACGCCACUCCCAGCUACUGCACCCCUUCUGGGGCCGAGGAGGCCUUCCUGAUCGAAGAGGAGGAUGAAGAAGAGGAAGAAGAGCUCCUGUACCAUAGGAAGCAAGGGAGCAGCAGGAGGAAACGGACAACAUCUAUCUCGGACCAAGAGGUUGGAGUCAGCGACCGCUUCGGAGUGUCGUCCUACCAAGACGGGGACGCCUCCCCUCUCCAGAAGCGACCCACCUACAGCCAGCCCAGCAUCAUGCCCCGGAAGCAGUGGGUGGUGGUGAAGACGGAGGGAUCCCAGGAUGAUGACCUGAUUGUGGUGUCGGGGGAGGAAGGGCCAGAUGAGGAAGAGGAGAGAGAGUUGGAAAUGUUGAGGGAGAGGGAGAGGACGUUCAACAUAUCCAACGUCAGGACUCUGUCUGGAGAGCUGAGGAGCAGAGCGGACCAUGAGAUGGAGACACAGAUGGAUUACUGCCAGUCUUCUGAAGACUACCUCAAGUUUGACAGUGGUUUGAUGGACCAGACUCCCCCACAGCACCUUCAUGACAGCGCUGGUCAGAGUGGUGGCAGAGCCGUUUCUGCCCUACACGGCCAAGUCCAGUCUGCUGCUGCUGCUAGAGCUCAGCUCUUUCCCAUAGACAUGCAAGGCAACCAGAUCCUCAUGUACAGCCAAUCCUCUUUAGACUCCUCUCAACCCAUAGGAAUAGGAGGUGGUAUGGCUGGGGCACCAUUUAAAAGGCCAAACUUAGAGCAUGGAGCGGUCCAUUUGUCAGCACAGGGGGGUUUGGGCGGUGGCAUAGAUGGACUGGACGGGGGUGGUGGUGGCGGYGGUUCAGGGAAGGUGUUCAUGUGCCACUGUGGAAAGACCUUCACCCACAAGAGCAUGCGCGACCGCCACAUCAACAUGCACCUGGACCUGCGGCCCUUCAACUGCCCCGUCUGCGCCAAGAAGUUCAAGAUGAAGCACCACCUGACGGAGCACAUGAAGACCCACACGGGGCUCAAGCCCUACGACUGCCACGGCUGCGGCAAGAAGUUCAUGUGGCGCGACAGCUACAUGCGGCACCGCUCCCACUGCGAGGGGCGGAGCGGGGCGGCUGGCAGGAGUGAGGAUGGGGGAGGGUCCGACCGCACUGAUGGCGUCUCCCCUCAGCAUCUCCCCCUCUCGGCCAGCGAGGCCGGUCAAGAUGCCGUUGGUAGCAGGACUGGGAUCUCUGUCUUGUCGCCACAUCAUUCCAGUACAGGUAGCAGCAGCAAUGCCGUCUCGUGCCUGACCAUGGCCGGUGCAGGAGCGUGCUUAGGGGUCAACUCUCCAAGCGUGUUGCAGGAUCAAGGUUCUGUGUUUGGUCUGGGGGUCAGCCAAGGUGGGUGUGAGGAGGAAGUGUGUGAGGUUGGUGAUAAUGAUACUAGUGUCACUUGACCAAACGGGUGAACACCAUGUUAGUGUUUUAAGACAAGGGGGCUUUGGAGAGGUAUUCCAAUGACCUCUGGAAAGUGACCCUCUUGGAAAAUGGCUAGGGACCAUUGUACAGUUCAGUGUACUAUUACAUGUCAAGGUUAUUCUCUGUAUGACUGUUUUGUGGCACAUGCUGUGUCUAAGAAAACCAAAAAUCAAGAGACAAUGACUCCGCAACAACACUUUUGGCAAAAUCUAAACUAGAAAUAGAGGAAAGUUGCUGUUGUAAGUGAUGUGUUCUACAAUAUUCUAAGCUUUGUUCUGCCAGGGAAUGAGUGCAUUUCAAGUUAGUGUCUGUGAAGAAGAGCCUUGCAGUACUGUGGUCUUGUUUCACAGGAUGCCCUUCCACACGGGUGAUGUGUUCACUGUCCAAUUCCAGUGCUAUGGUACAGUAAAUAUAUCCUAUUAUAUCACUUACUAAUUGCUACCAUUAUGAUAGGUGCAAAACUAUACAGUGUAUAGUGUGUUUACAAGUCAUCAUUAAUAUUGAUCGUAGACAACAAAGCAUUAGUCUGACACUUGGGUUACUUACGGAUCAUUCCUUACUCAAACUGCCAAAUUCCAAUGCAUGCCUUGAGAGACAUUGAGUACUAUUAACAGUAGGCUGGCUCAACAAAGCUGUAUCCACCAGGAUUCUGUAUGUUUUUACCAGGGUUUUACCUUCUAUGAAGGUUGUGGCUAUGAUGUUUUUAUUCAGGAGAAAAACUUGUCUGGAGAAAGACUUGUUGCUUUUAGUCUUUGUGUGCUUAUCUGUUAAAUCAUGUGGUAGAAUGUCAUGAUUGCAGCAGUUGAGGAAAUUGCAUUUGAAGUGAGCUUAAACUAAGUGUAUAUAAUGAAAGAUAUUUAUGUUUAGAUUUAUCAAAUAGGGAAUAUUGAACUAUUUAACACUAAUUUAUAUACUUAAUUUGACUGCCUUACUAGAACAUAGUGGGUGUAGGAUCUGAAAAUAGACACCCUUGAUUAAAAAAAAUGACUGUAUAAAUGUAAAUACUGAGCUAUAUUGUAUGCAAAAGAAAAUUGGAAAUAUUAUUUUAUACAAAUACGAUUUCUCAGAGAAAGAUUUUGUCUUAGAAGUUUUUCUUCUCAGAAACAGAGGUAAAAUGAUUGACACCCCUUUUUUCAAUACCUCACCUUGUGAGGAUAACUGCAGGGAGACUUUUUCUAAAAUGUUUUUAGUUGUUGAACACUUUGGGAGGGAUUUUUAGAACAUUCCUCCAUACAAAACUAUUCCACAUCCUUGAUAUCCUUUGUCUGCGCUUAUGGACUGCUCUCUUCAAUUGGGUUUCAAAUCCAGAGACUGAGAGUUGAGCUUGACACAGUACCAGGACAUUUUGGCCAGGAGGAGGAAACUUCGCCGCAACUGGAUCUUCCAGUGAGACGAUAACCCCAAGUACACAUCAAAAUCCACAAAGAAAUGGUUAAUAGGCCAUUCAACAUUUUGCAAUGGCCAUCUGUCUCCAGACAGAAAAGGGCAGUCCAUAAACGCAGACUAAGGAUCUGGAAAGAUUCUGUAUGGAGGAAUGGUCUAAGAUCCCUCCCAAUGUGUUCUCCAAUCUCAUAAAACAUGUUUAAAAAGGCUCAAUGUCAUUAUCCUCACAAGAUGAGGUAUCAAAAACAGGGGUGURCAUUUUUACCCCUACCUUUUGAGGGGGAAAAAAUAUUACUAAACAAAAUGUAUUUCUCUUAGCAUUGUAUUAGUAUAUAAUAUAGCUCAGUAUUUGAAAUAUUUUAUACAGUCAUUUUUGCUCAUCAUUAUCAAGGGUGUCAAUUUCAAACCCCACUGUUUAUAGAGAUAAAGUGCUUUUGGUCAAUAGUGAGUUUCGUAUUGACUACAUCUUAAUACUCAAGUUGGCUGCUAUUUGUGAGAUUGAAAAGGAAUUCCAUGGACUGUUUCAAGACUUUACACUAUGGUUUCAAUAGAGGACUGUUCAAUAACUUGCCUAGCUGCAUUUCAUAGCAUUUACAUCACAUAAUCAAAGGAUUCAACUUCAUGUAACACCUUUUCAUCAGCUGAUCUUAAAGUCUGUACUAUUGUAUGACACUUAACAGACAGUAUCCAUUUGUCAUCUUUAUGGCAGGAUAAAUACCUUUUUUUCAUAAAGGGAAAAUUGUGAAGAAAAAUGUAGAAAGCUUGUUGCUACUGUACACUAGGUCUGAAAUAUACUGUUUAACUUCUGAAUAGUGCAUAUUUUGGGUUACAUAUUAUUUUAUAUUGAACACGAUUGUUGUUGUACAUGCGUGUGGAACCGGAGUUGUUGCAUAAUGCUCCGAUCACACCUACAGCGUCAUUGCGCAGGAUCGUCUGGAUGUGUGCAACAAAAGUUCAACAUUCACCUUCUAUGUCUGCCAAGCCUUCUACGCAAGGCAAACGCAGUGUUCCAUUGGAAAUUUAAUGUACUUCUGGUGUACCAAAACACAAUGACGCAGUCGGUGUGAGCGAGUCGCAAGUCUUUCUUAGACAUUGUUACUAUAGGCCAAGUACAUCAAUGUGAUCUUUAUCAAAAGGCUAAAUAAAAUAUCUGGUUCCAAUGUGUGAUCUAUGUUACCAAAAAAAACAUCA